AUGGGUUCGAUAACACAAGACGAGGGCAUUUCUUUGUCUUUCAUUGGAUGCGGGAACAUGGGCAGCGCGGUGGCGUCUGGCCUACUCUCAGCGGCGUCAGGCUCAAGGACAGACGAAGUCCAGCCGAAAUAUUCGAUAGGCAAAAUCUAUGCACGAGUGAACAGCGACUCCUCGGCCAAAAAUCUAAAGUCGGCCUUUGCAGACCACGCGGCCAAAUUGACGGUCUUAAGGACAUCAUGCGCUGAAGCAAUGGACAAAGCGGAAGUUGUCGUUCUUGGCUUCAAACCAUACAUGGUGCAGGAAGUCCUUGAACAGCCUGGCGUCCUCGAUGCAUUACGCGGAAAGCUAGUCAUAUCUCUUAUCGCUGGCGUGCCCGUUGAGGUGAUUGAACGCUAUCUGAUCGGGAGCUCCAAUGAUUCUUCCCAGAGAGACAAGUUGCCUCAUAUCAUUAGAGUUAUGCCGACUCUUGGUGCCACAGUCAAGGAAUCCAUGACUGUGAUUCAAUUGCCCAGGGAGACAGUGCCACAAGAGGGCAUCGAGUUGACCAAGUGGAUGUUCAGUCAGAUUGGACGGGUCAAGGUUCUAACACAGCCGUCUUUCGAUAUUGCCACUACGCUAUUGGGUGCCUCGAUCGCCGUAACAACAGUUCUCCUCGACGGCAUGCUUGAUGGCUGCGUGGCCGAAGGCAUGAAGAGGUCGGACGCGCGAGAGAUUGCGGCACAGUGCUUACUGGCGACCGGCAAACUCCUUCUAGAACACGAAGACGAGUCGCCUUCCUCGCUGCGGGAGAAGAUCAGUUCACCCCGUGGUGUCACGAUCCAGGCAUUGAUUACUGCUGAGAAAGGGGCCAUCAGAGGAACAGCGGCACAGGCCAUCAUCAACGGUACACAGCACACGAAGACCAUGUCCUCAUGA